AUGAACAAACGAGCACACGAAAUCAAUACGGAACAACAUUCCAGUACUAAAACACGGGUAAUAUUUGAUCAAUCCAAAAAUGAAUCAUAUCAUUUUCAUUCCGGUUUUCGACAAAUUCAUAAAAGACUACGCAACGAAUGGAUUUUAGAAGUUAAUACGAAUGAAAUUAAUGCGAAUACCUUUACUGAAUGUUGCUUAUUUGUGUUACCAUAUCCAAGAAGAAAAUUUUCACAAAAUGAGAUUGAUCAUCUGAAACAUUUCAUCGAUGAUGGUAAUAGUGUAUUAGUAUUGAUGAGUGAAGGAGGUGAACAAACUGCUGACACAAAUAUCAAUUUUUUAAUUGAACAAUAUGAUAUUUCAUGUAAUAAUGAUUCUGUAAUUCGAACAACGUUUUACAAAUAUUUUGAUCCAAAGGAAGCAUUGGUUGCUAAUGGUGUCUUAAAUCGUGCGCUUACAUUAACAGCUGGCAAGUUGACACAUUCAAAUGAUGAAGAAAUUAAUGCACUUGGCUUACAAUUUGUUUAUCCAUAUGGAGCAACAUUGACUGUUGGUCGAAAAUCCACGGCGGUACUAUCUACGGGUAGUGUAUGUUAUCCAAACAAUCGACCCAUUUGCGCAUUUCAUCAAACGGAGAAAGGUGGUAAAUUGAUAGUUAUUGGUUCAGUUCAUAUGUUCAUCGAUCAAUAUUUUGAAAAAGAAGAAAAUAGUAAAAUAUGGGAUGUUAUUAUGAAAUAUGUAACGGAAGGUUUUGCAUUGAAUAUAGUGGAUAGUAAGGAACCGGAUUUGAUUGAUAUGCAUCAUAUACCGGACCAUAUUGAUUUAUCGGAAAAAAUUAAAGUAUGUCUACAAGAAGAUGAAUAUGAAAUGAAUCAGAGUAAUGAUUUCCUCAGAUAUUUUGAUAUUAACCUUUAUGCUAUGGAUCUUUCUGUUUGGCCUAAAACUAUCAGAGCAUUUGAACAGCUUGGUUUAAAGCAUGAACCGUUAUCACUUAUCGUACCACAAUUUGAAGUACCACAACCACCACUUACACCUGCUGUAUUUCCACCAGAUUUUCGAGAACUACCACCACCUAAACUGGAAUUAUUCGAUUUAGAUGAUAUGUUUUCAUCAGCAGAUGUUCGACUUGCUCAACUUACCAAUAAAUGUGAAGAAAGUGAUUUGGAAUAUUUCUUAAAUGAAGCUGGUGAAAUUUAUGAUAUCACAAAAUGUUUACCGGAAAAUGAUAGAGGACCAAAAAAAGUACUCGAAUUUGUGCUUUAUCAAUUGGCCGAAUUUAAAAAGUUUAAUCAGGAAAAGGAUGAUAUUGAUGAUGAGAAUCUAAAAAGGAGCCUAGAUGAAUUGGACGAACAUAACGAUGGACAAUACUUCUCCGAUAUUGACGAAUAUGAUGACAUGAAUUAA